CUUCCUCUCUCUCGAUCUCUUAGAAAACAACCAAUUCGUUUUCUUCUUCCUCUCUCAAUCUUCAGCAUCAAUCAAACAUGUCUGCUUACAGAGGCAAAUACGCUGAUGAGCUUAUCGCCAAUGCUGCCUACAUCGGGACCCCUGGAAAGGGUAUUCUUGCUGCUGAUGAGUCAAAUGGCAUAAUCGGCAAACGUUUUGCUAGCAUCAAUGUUGAGAAUGUUCAAUCAAAUAGACGUGCUCUUCGCGAACUCCUUUUCACUGCCCCUGAUGUGCUCCAAUACCUUAAUGGAGUUAUCCUCUUUGAGGAAACCCUCUACCAGAAGACCACUUCAGGCAAGCCAUUCGUUGAUGUCUUGAAGGAAAGAGGUGUUCUCCCUAGAAUUAAGGUCGACCAGGGUACCGUUGAGCUCGCCGGAACCAAUGGUGAGACCAUAACCCAGGGUCUUGAUGGCCUUGCCCAGUGUUGCCAGAAGUACUAUGAAGUUGGUGCACGGUUCGUAAAGUGGCGUGCUGUGCUUAAGAUUAGCCCUAUUGAACCAUCUCAGCUGUCCAUCCAAGAGAAUGCCAACGGGUUAGCUCAUUAUGCCAUCAUCUGCCAGGAGAAUGGCCUAGUCCCCAUUGUUGAGCCAGAGAUCCUGGUUAAUGGACCACAUUCCAUCAAUAAGUGUGCAGAUAUGACCGAAUGUGUUCUUAUCGCAUGCUAUAAGGCAUUUAGCGACCACUAUGUCCUGCUUGAAGGGACUCUCUUGAAACCCAACAUGGUUACCCUAAGAUUUGAUGCCAAGAAGGCUUCACCAGAAGUGAUUGCUGAGUACACAGUUCGUGCCUUGUUGCGCACUACCUAUGUAGCUGUCUCUGCUGUUGUGUUCUUAUCCGGUGGACAGAGUAAGGAUGAGGCUACCCUCAACCUUAACGCAAUGAACCAACUCAAAGGAAAUAAGCCGUGGUUUCUAUCCUUCUCCUUUAGACGUGCUCUUCAGCAUAGCACACUGAAGGCAUGGGCAGGGAAAGAGGAAAACAUCCCAAAGGCACAUGUUGCUCUCCUCACAAGGGCCAAGGCCAACUCAGAAGCUACUUUUGGAAUCUACAAGGGUGAUGCCAAACUCGGUGAGGGACAAGGAUGGGGAGGAGCUGGAAAAGAAGGAUCUCUGGGAAGGUACGUUUCGGAUUUCGGAUUUGCAUGA